GUCCACAAUCUAUAACCUAUAAAUAAAAAAGUUUGCCUAAAUCCUCAGCGAAAUUAGGGUUUUGUUUAGCAGCAAUUCAUCACUCUUUCAGCUCAAUUCAACAAUGGCGGAGCAAACGGAGAAGGCAUUUUUGAAGCAGCCUGGUGUUUUUCUGAGCUCAAAAAAGACAGGGAAAGGUAAGAGGCCAGGAAAAGGAGGGAAUCGAUACUUUAAGAGUAUUGGUUUAGGCUUCAAAACUCCCCGUGAAGCUAUUGAAGGUACAUAUAUUGACAAGAAAUGCCCAUUCACUGGCAAUGUUUCUAUCAGAGGUCGUAUCCUUGCUGGUACAUGCCACAGUGCUAAGAUGAACAGAACCAUCAUUGUUCGACGCAACUAUCUACAUUAUGUUAAGAAGUACCAGAGAUAUGAGAAGAGGCACUCGAACAUUCCAGCUCACAUAUCGCCAUGCUUCCGUGUGAAAGAGGGAGAUCAUGUUAUUAUUGGACAGUGCAGGCCUUUGUCCAAAACCGUGAGGUUCAAUGUGUUGAAGGUGAUUCCAGCUGGUUCUGCUGGUGGUGGGAAAAAAGCUUUUACCGGAAUGUGAGCAGAGUGCUUAUAGGAAUGAUGUCAAGACUUUUCUGCUUUUGCUGAAUUGUUGUCUUCAUUGAUAUUUCUUUGAGCUUCAAAUUUUGAACUUAAAUGCUAGCAACAAGUUUUCUUUCCUAUGUACUAAUCUUGUAAGAGGUUCUGGUGAUUGGACUUUUAUCUUUAAAAAUGUCUUGUGAUUGAAUGAGCA